UUAAUAAUAAAAUAAAUUAUUUAUUUAAUAGCAGAUCCUCGUGAAGAACAAAACACUCUCUUUCUUCCCCCUUUCCUCUCCAUUCCAUUCCAUUCCAUGCUCUCUCAUCUCCCCCAACACUCGCCCUCUGUUUCUCUCUCACAUCCCCCACGAGACUCUCUGAGACAGGCUACGCGACACUGGACGAUGGACGCUCCGGAUCCACUUCCCAAACCCAAUCCCACUCUACCGCCGUCACCCUCCAACGCUCACCACCAUCCUCCUCCGCCGCCGCCGGCCAACUCCAAUUCAUCCCCAAUCUUCAAUGCGCGUCCUAUUGCUCCUCCCCAGAGCGGGCCUCACCACCGGAGGGCUCUCUCCGAGAUGAGCUUCCGCUUCCCGGACGACAUGACCAUGAUGAUGAUGGAUCUGUCCCCCACCCAUCCAAUGAACCCCGCUGGAGGCGGCAUCGGCAGUGCCGGCGGAUCUUCCACCUGCAGCCUCGACGAGAUCGGAUCCGAGGACGACCUCUUCUCCACCUACAUUGACGUCGACAAGCUCACCGGCGGCGGCGGUGGUGGUGGAGGUGCCAACGGAGUGGGGAAUUGUGCGGAUCACAGCAACGGCGCCGGAGGAGGAGAGAAAGGAGCUUCGACGAGGCCGAUUACGAAGCACCGCCACAGCAAUUCAGUGGACGGAAGUGGUAUGUUUGGAGAGAUAAUGGACGCCAAGAAGGCUAUGCCUCCUGAUAAGCUGGCUGAGCUCUGGAACCUCGAUCCCAAACGAGCUAAGAGGAUACUCGCAAACAGACAAUCUGCUGCUCGCUCAAAAGAGAGAAAGGCACGUUACAUAAUAGAACUCGAACGCAAAGUUCAGACUCUUCAAACAGAAGCCACCACUCUUUCUGCUCAGCUGACUCUGUUUCAGAGGGACACGUCGGGUCUGAGUACAGAAAACACAGAUCUUAAGCUUCGAUUACAAGCUAUGGAACAACAGGCUCACUUGCGUGAUGCUUUGAACGAAGCACUGAAGAAGGAAGUUGAGAGGCUAAAAGUUGCCACCGGAGAAGCGAUCAGUCACUCUGAAUCAUUCAACAUGGGAAUGCAUCAAAUGUCUUACACACCAUCAAACUUCUUCCCAAUGCCACAACAGCAUGAUCAUCUUAACAUGCAAUUGCCACCGUUUUCUCAGCGACGUCAUCAAUCAAAUUCCCACCAUCUCUCCGAUGCUAUGCAAAACGACUCUCUGGCCCGAUUUCAAGGGCUCGACAUCAGUAGUAAAGGAGGACAGCUGAACCACAUUGUCAAGUCCGAAGGCUCCUCGAUAUCUGCAAGUGAAAGUAGCUCUACAUUUUGACGGACCGCGCAAACUUUGGUGCUGACUAUCUCUGACUUGUUGUUGCCUCUCAUAGCGGUUUUGCCUGUGCGGUAAGAUCAUUGUUUAUAGACUGACCUCCAGUCGAUUAGCAAACAGGGUAAUUUUCAAUUUCCAUUUUGUCAAGAAAAAUUCAUAUUCAUUUUGAUUGGGUGUGUGGAGGACGAAUUCCGAAAAUUGGUUUAUUCUUGGGGUUCUAUGGUGAGAGCUCAUGGUGUUGGUUUAUUCGAGUCUGUAGCAGUUGUAAGGUUGGGAUUUUGUUUUGUAUUCAGUUGGGGAUAGGAAGAAGGGAGGUUAUGGGGAUGAAAGGUCAUAACUCAUAACCAUUAGGAGGAGGUGAUUUGAGAUGCUAUUAAUGAUGAACUUAUCUCUGAUUCUUUUUUUGGUAUCUCUCGUUGGAUUCAAACUAAAACUGUGUUCCAUUUCCAUUAUUGAUUUGAGAUGGCCCCCCAAUCCAUCUUAUAUCUGUCUGUAGAUAUAUUUCAGAAUCCAGAACUUGUUCGCCUGGUGUUUGUUCAUUUACAACUUACAUGUGCAAAUGGCCC